AGGAAGCAGCGCUAGCACCAAUCAGAAAGACACAGCAUUGAGAGAAACUCGAAUCAUUCCGAUUGACGGUUAGAUAACAUGAAUUCGGCGACCCGAUUGUUCUCGCAUGCGGCUCGGCGUGCGGCGGUCAGCAACGCCACACCGGCACUCCAUCCUUGCGAUUCGCUUCUCCGAGAGACCACCCGCACGUUUGUUGUGGCCGCAUCCACGCCAUCUGUUUCCUUGUGGAGCGACAUGGGGACGGAUUCUCGUUCGCAGCAAGCAACAACAACAACCAACGAGGAUGAGCAGCGUCGCUUCCGUUCGAACCGAUCCCGCCGGGGCCUGUACGACGGAAAGGACAUCCGAACCGGAAACAACCUCUCCUUUUCGAUGAGGCACACCAAGCGAACCUUCAAGCCAAAUGUUUUUGUCAAGCGUGUUUAUUCGGAAAUCCUGGACGAAAUGGUACAGUUCCACCUCACCACCUCGACACUGCGGUCCAUCGACAAGUGCGGUGGCCUGGACAACUACCUAUUGACGAGCAAACACAUCACGUCCGGAGAAGGACUCAAGACCAAGAAACGAAUCAUAAACACUCUAAAAUACAACGAACGGAAAGCUCGGAAGCUAGAACAAGGAAACUAGAAAAAGCUACCAGGGAAUCACAGAGUCAAUAUUUGCCGAUUGCUUCUAUUUGUUGCGACAAAUUCCAAGACGGCAAGGAAGGAAGAAGGGAAAAAAGUGAGAGGGGAUUUGUAGAGCACUUGGGAGUGGAUUCAGUCCUUGAAAACGGAAACAAAAGAGUACUUUCAUGAGUGGUAAAGAUAGAGCAAAUGGCAAUAAAGAAUUUGAACCUGA